ACCGAAAGAGACAUAACGUUGAUCAGAGCAGAGACGCCAUUACAUUGAAGGCUGGGAUCUGUAUUUAUGGUGAGUCUUGUUAUUUGGGGAAAAAAAGCAAAUCUGAAAAUCAGAUCAAAUGGCUGAAAAACUUGUACUUUUUGAAAACUAUCUGAGCUGCCAUGUGUGUUCAGAGACUUUCAGAGAUCCUGUGUCUCUGAGCUGCAGCCACAACUUCUGUUCAAGCUGCCUGCAAAAAUUCUGGGAACAAACUACAAACAAAAACUGUCCAGUUUGUAAAAGAAAAUCUUCAAAGGAUCAUCAAGAUGUAAACUUUGCUCUCAAAGAACUUGCUGACUCUUUUGCUGGGAGACAGAAGGUUGGAUCAUCUGAUACACUAAAAGAAAAGAAGGUAUUGGAAAUGAUUUGCAGUAAACAUGAGGAAGUGCCUAAACUGUUCUGUGUGGACGAGCAGAGAGCUGUGUGCACCGUGUGUGAAUUUUCUCUCCACCAUAGUCACAAAGUGGUUCCUGUAGAUGAAGCAGUCAGUGACCUGAAGGAGCAGCUGAAAUCUGACUUAAAGUCUCUGCAGGACAAGAGGAACAAAUACAAACAAGUGGAGGAAACAUACAAUGAAAUGAGGGAACACAUGAAGAAGCAGCUGUUGUCCACAGAGAGGCAGAUCAGAGCAGAGUUCAACAAGCUCCAGCAGUUCCUGAAAGAGGAAGAGGAGUUCAGACUGGCAGCUCUGAGGGAGGAAGAGGAGCAGAAGGGGAGGACUAUCAGCAGAGAGAUGAAGAUGAUUGAGGAGCAGAUCUCCUCUCUGUCAGACAGCAUCUCUGCUGUUGAAGAAGAGCUGCAGAAACACAGCGUGUCAUUCCUCAGCAGUUAUAAAGACACUCAGAGCAGAGCCAGAGCCCAGAGCUCAGUGUCAGAUCCACAGCUGGUCUCAGGAGCACUGAUAGAUGUGGCCAAACACCUGGGCAACCUGUCCUUCAGAGUGUGGGAGAAGAUGAAGGAGAAGGUCCACUUCAGUCCUGUCAUUCUGGACCCAAACACUGCAAGUGGCUGGCUCUAUCUGUCUGAUGAUCUGACCAGUGUGAGGAUUGGAGACAGAAAGCAGCAGCUUCCUGAUAAUCCAGAGAGAAACACUAAGUAUCAUACUGUUUUUGGCUCUGAGGGUUUCAGGUCAGGGAAACACAUCUGGGAGGUGGAGGUGGGAGACCAUCCUGACUGGAAUGUGGGUUUAGUUCAAGAGUCAGUUGACAGAAAGGGAGAGCGUUUAGCUUCACCAGAAUAUGGAAUCUGGUGUGUAUUGCACCGUAGUGGAAAAUACAAUAAUGGUGUUGGUCAGACUGUGACAGUGAAGAAGAGUCUCCAGAGGAUCAGAGUUCAGCUGGACUAUGACAGGGGGGAGGUGUCCUUCUAUGACCCUGAAGACAUGACUCACAUCUACACUCACAGAGACACUUUCACUGAGAAACUCUUCCCAUAUUUCAGUUUUGGAAAGGCAGGAGACGCCAAAACCUCUGAUAUCAGAAUCUGUCAGACUGAGAUUUCUUUGAAAACUUCAGUGAGGUCCACAGAGCUUGGAAAGAAAAGCGUCUGGACUUCUUUAGCGAGGUCUUUUCAGUGAGGUCUUGGUGAAUUUUUUCCCUUCUCUCGUGUUUUCUUUCUUUUGUUACAACUUGUUUUGUGGUUAUUUGUUUUUUUGUUCUCAAGGCUUUUUUAUGUGAGAAAUGCAGGAAUAAAAUUUUAGCACUUUAAAAAUGAAAUUACAAAUGUAGCUCAGAUCCUUUUAGUUUUCAAAUUUAGUUUAACAAUCCAAUUUCAGAAUUAAUGCAUCAAAUGUUGGAUGAUAUAAAACUGACAAGAGCCGUCUUCUCCAUUUGUUUAUUUUUCUUGGAUUCCCUUCUGUUUUUGCCAGAUUUAUGACAGUUUUAAAGUUGUUUAACUGAUCAUAAAACUGUUUUUAAAACAUUGAAACCGUGCAAAAUUGAUGCUAGAGAGCUAAAUAGAUGCUGAUAAAUGUCACUUUGAUUCCCUUUACAAGUUAUUGAGAUCCAUAUCAGCAAAAAACUGUCUGGCCAAUAUGUGUGUUCAGAAUGUGCUAAAACUGACUAAUAAAUAAACCCAGUGUCUUCUUUUCUUUUGGUACUUCACAAUCAGUGAUGAAUUUAAGUAAAAGAUUGUCCUUAUUUACAUGUGAUUCUUAUGGUAUGUUCUUCAUCACGACAAAAUAAAUCAAGCUGUGUACGAUGACAUAAUAAUUUCUUUAGAAUAAUCUGCAAUGACACAUUCUAAAAGAUUAUUCAGUUGUAUUCAUACAAACUAAAGCUCAUUCUUUGUUUCUUAGACUAUUCCUAAAUUCUGUGUAAAUUGCUUUGUCAGGGACAAUUCAUAAUACACCUUACAUUUUCAACUCAACCCAAUAAAACAGAUAAGUAAAACAGUAAAAAUCAUAUUACGGUUUAAAACUGCAAUGAGGUCUCUGUGAUUCUUUUAGUUUUGUUUUCUCUUCUCUGAAGCUUUCUUGCUUUUGUUACAGCUUGUUUUGUGGUUAUUUGUUUUUCAAUUUAGGCAACUCCUGUUGUUCUUUCCUAUGUGAGAAAUUGCAGAAAGAAAGAUUUAGAACCUGCAUGAAUUUAUACAAUGGGAUAGAAAUGAUUUUCAAAAGACAGACAGCAAAACUUGAAUCAUAAAUGUCAUUUGUCUUUGUUUUGUUUAAUAUUCACUUUGAAUGUGUUAAAAUCUUUUUAUUUACUUGUUCAUUUUUUGUUGAUUUUCUGCCUUUUUUGCCAAUAUGUAGCAGCUUUAAAGUCACUGUGUGUUCAUGAAACAGUUUUUUAAAUAUAUAAACAGUGCAAAAUUGAUGUGGCAUUGAUAAGCAAGCACUGAUAAAUGCCACUUUCCUUUCCUUCAUCAAUUAUUUAGAUCCAUAUCAGCUAAUAACAGCAUUGUGACAAUUUGUGUUUUAAUGGUUUCAAAAUGAUAAAUAGACUUGACUCAUAAAUAAUCCUAAUGUCUUCUUUUGAUAUUUAACUGUCUGUGAAUAAUUUAAGUGAUCUGUUUCAUUUAAAUGUGUUUCUUAUGGCAUGUUCUCCAUUAUGUUGCAAAAUAAGCCAAACUGUGUACAUUCAGCCAUGUUUUCUUUAGAAUGUGUCAUUGCAGAAUAAUGUUAACUUUCUGACAUUUAUUCAGUUGUAUUCAUACAAACUAAAGCUCAUUCUUUUUUGUAGAUUGUUCCCAAGUCCUGUGUAAUUUGCUUUGUCAGAUACUAUUCAUAUUAUUCCUCAGAUUUCAGUUCCUGAGUCUGUCUCUGAAGCAGCGUUUGAUAAGAAAUCAAUAUGUGAGACAGUUACAUAUUCACAGUGCUGAUAAGACGAAGGGAGACGCAAUAUGUGCAAGUGCCCUGCAUUGGUUUGAGCACUGUGAUUAGUCUGAGCGAACAAAAAAAAUAUUAAAAAAAAUACCCCAGAGUUAACAUGAUAUAUCCACAAUGCCAAAACAGGCCUGCAACAAACAUUUGUAUAAUGUUUCAUGUUAAGCCUAGAGUUCAUUUUAAAGCCUCCUUGGCUUACAUCAUGGAACCUUGUUUCAAGUUUUAUAGACCAUUAAGUAACACCUCUUUAGUUCCAGUAUGCCCCAUCCUUAUUAAAAGCCAGGCUGUGCAUACCUUUGACCUGAACGAGGCCCUCUGAGGGGGCAUUGAAAGGCACUUCAUCAACCAAUCAAAUAGCCAAUACUGCACGUUAGAUAAAGUGUAUCUAUAGAAACCAGGGCAGGAGGCCAAAGUGGAAAGCUAUUAUGUUUUUGAAAUAUUUAUGGCCCAACAGUGUACCAUUGUGUCUUUAAAAAAAAGUCUUAUUAGAGCAAUUCCCCAUUGACAUGACGUCCCUUAAUAACAUGCGAGCUGAAAAACCGUUAAAUAUCUGUGGCAUUGACAGAAUCGUGGUUUUCUUUGCUACUGACUGACCAGAAACAUUUAUUUCAUAAUUUGUGAACAUUCGACCAGUUGGAGCUGCUGUUUGUUCCAGUGUGUUUCUGUGAAGUCCAACUUCAUAUUCCAGAUCACAUCAGCACAUUCAGGAUCUAGUCUCGUUAACUGUGGAUAUCCUCUUUUUCACCUGCAGAACAAAUAUGAUGGAAAUGUCAGAUUCCUGAUUUCAGUGAUCUCCUGGAUUAUUUCUGUCAAUAAAAAAUAUCAAAGUC